GAUUGUGUUAUUGUUGACGUAAAGUGGACCAACCGAAUCCAUCUUCUCCCGUGUCGCAGUGGGUUAGUGCUUGUGCAUCAGCAGCAGCCGCGCCCUCCUACUAUCGGCGCACUUGUUGAUAUUGAACUUUCUCAUUUAAAAUAGAACGUGGCGCACGGCAAAAUCUCGCCAUCUCGGGGCCAGGGCGGGAUCGAAAAUUCUACGUUCGUCAGUCCACGGCGAGUGGGGAUGGUGUCUGAGGCCCGUUUAGUGGUCCGCGUGCACCUUGCUCAAGCAGCGCUCGAUAAACUUCACCAUUCAUGAAUGCAUUUUCAACGCAACUGCCAGAUCGUUCGAUCCUGCACGUAAAGAGACUGUGUGGAGUGUGUGACUUCUGUGACUUGUGUGUGUUUUGUGCAAAACGGCUAGCAGUAAACAAUCGCAACGUUCGUACCGCGUCAGGAUGUUCUCCAGCAGCGGACGAAUACUGAAGCGGCUGGCGGUGCUAGAUUUUGACCAUACGGUCUGCGAACACAACACAGACAUUGUGGUGCGUGAUUUGCUCGGUCCGGGAGGCGUUCCACCGGAUGUGCAAAGCAUACUGCGAUCGUGCGGCUGGAUCCCGUACAUGCAGCGCAUCUUCCGGUUGCUGCACCAAAACGGCUUCCAGCCGAUGGACAUUGCCUCAGCGAUACGCGGCAUACCGGAGGUACCGGGUAUGAAGUCCUGCAUCGGCAACCUGGUACGGCAUGGCUUCGACGUGAUCAUAAUCAGCGAUUCCAAUUCGGAGUUCAUACGAGUGUGGAAUGAUUUCAAUGACAUCGGCCCAUACAUACACACCGUGUUCACCAAUCCGGCCCGUUUCGAUAGCAGUGGACUGUUGGAGCUAAGGCCGUACCACUUCCAAACGGAGUGCACGCUCAGCUCAAAAAAUCUAUGCAAGGGCAAGAUUUUGAACGAAUUUUUGCGACGCCAGCACGACGAACGGCAAAUCGAGUACGAGAAGGUGUUUUAUGCGGGCGAUGGCAAAAACGACGUUUGUCCAAUGCUGCGACUGGGCAGCAAUGGUUAUGCCUGUGCGAGACGUGGAUUCUCCUGCCACGAUGCGCUACAGAACGCAAUCGGGAAGCUGGAACAUCCGUAUCCGGCCAAGGUACUGCAGUGGACGGAUGGACACGAGCUGAAUGACCUCAUAUGGACUGAACUGGAGGACUGAGCUUUUGAGGGAACCGACCGCCAUUUCAGUGCUAUUGCAUUGAACAUGGGACAGUGAUUCGUAAUCUACACGUUUGAGACUCACAAAGUGCAAAUACUUUUGUUUAUCUUGCUUUUUUUAAAUAAAAGACAUUUUUGGUAAUAAAACAAACCCACGGA